UGCAGAUAUAAUGUACACCCCCAAAAAGUAACAGUUGAUUACAACAUCCGCAACAUGAAAAUUUAAAUAUAAAAAGGCAUUCAAGAAUAUCACUUCGCAACGGAAUAAUUAAGGCACAACAACAUGAAAAUUAUUGCGAUCCUUGGUAUUUGCCUUCUGGGUGCUACAAUUAUUUUGGCUCAAAAUGAUGGUGAGCACAAAGAGGAUGAUGGUUACCAUUAUGAUGCCCCACACAAAGUGGAUGAUGGUUACCACUAUGAUCCUCCCAAGAAACAAGACGAUGGUUACCACUACGAUCCUCCAAAGAAACAAGAUGAUGGAUAUCACUAUGAUCCACCAAAACCGGUAGAACACAAACCCGACAAUGGCUAUCAUUAUGAGCGCCCAAAGGAUUUGCACAGUGCCGAUGUACUUGAAGAGAAUAGUAAAAAGACCAAAUCCAGCACCACUGACUUUGAAAAAGAAUUCAAAAAAUUGGAUCCUUUCCCGGAAAAUAAAAUUAAAUAUCAUCAAUUCAAUCCAAAAGAUUACAAAUAUGUUGCCGAAUUGGAUGAAAAACCAGUUGCGAAUCACGAAGGAGAUGCUGUCAAGUCGAAGACAUGGCAAGUCGAAGGAGAAUAUGUGUAUAAAUCCAAGACAGGACGUUUGGUAAAAGUUACCUACACAGCUGACGAAAAAGGCUAUCAUCCAGUUAUACAUCAAUAGGAUACAUACACGUGAAGUCGUAGAUAUACAUUUGUUAUUUAUUGUUAAGUCGUUAUGUUUGAAUGCAUUUCGUUUUGCUGCUUUGUAAUUCGUAAAUGGAGUAGUUAAGUACUUUGCGGUAUAUAUAACUAAAAUACGGAAUAAUAGUAUUUAGAAUUAUAUGCUUAAUCGUACAUUUAAAUAUAUUUUAAUGUGUAUAGUAUUUUGCCAAUCUACAAUAUAAUUGUCCAACGCAAAAAAAAAAUAAUAACAAGAAAUAUACAGCAGAUUAUGAAAGUGGA